CUGCUCCGUGAUUUCGUACCCCUAUCUCUCUCUAUAUUUAUUAUACUCACUUUUGAAAUAUCUAUAUUUAUUUGAUUACUUCAAUUGGUUGUUACAACAAUGGAGCACUUAUAUGAUCUGCCAGAAGAUUGUAUUAGUAGCAUAAUAUGUCUCACUUCUCCACCUGAUGCACUAAAAUUGUCACAGGUUUCUUCAAUUUUCCGGUCAGUCGCAGAGUUGGAUUGUGUUUGGGAUGCUUUCUUGCCUUCUGAUUGGCAACAUAUUGCUACAAAAUCAGUCACGCCUUUGAAGUUUUCUUCAAAAAGACACCUUUUUAUAUGCCUGUGCAAUUCCAUUCUAAUAGACGAUGGCAACAAGAGCUUUGCUUUGGAUAAAGUAACGGGGAAAAAGUCAUAUCUCAUGUCUGCAAAAGAGCUCUCUAUUUUAUAUGGAGAUGAACUAACUCACUGGAACUGGAAAGCUAUUCCAGAAUCAAGGUUUGCAGAGGUAGCUGAACUGAAAACAAUAUGCAGACUGGAAAUAGAGGGGAAGAUGAAAACAGGGGAUCUAUCUCCAAACACAACAUACGGAGCUUAUCUACUCAUGAAGAUUUCAGAUCGAUCAUUCGGGUUGGAUUCAAUUCCAUCAGAGGUCAGUAUUAUAGUCGGGGAUCAAGAACCCGUCAACAGUAGUGUGUAUCUACGGCACCCAAGGAGCAAGAAGCUAGAGUCUCUGUUUUACAGAAACAGAGUGGAAACGUUAAAAGCAAGAGUGAACAAAGGGGAGGAAAAAAUGGUUGGGGAAAGAGAAGAUGGGUGGUUAGAAAUAGAGCUUGGAGAGUUCUUUAAUGGAGGAUAUGGUGAUGAAGAGAUCAUAAUGAAAUUAAUGGAGGUGAAGGGCUGUCAUAUUAAGGGUGGCCUUAUCAUUGAAGGCAUUCAGUUAAGGCCUAAGCACUAAGCAAACAUGAGACCUUUUGUAGUUAACUAAUUUUGUGGCUUUAAAUGUUUUUUGUCGUGUGAAUAGAUUAAAAUUAUUAUUUUCUAAAUACAGAGUAUAUUUUUUUUUUGUAUGUAAACGAACAUAUGCUUUUAUUUAUGUCCUUCUUUUUCAACUGAAAA